GUGGAGGUGGAGGGAGACUGACUGUUCUACUCUCCUUCGUUCUUGGUCAAUGAGCUCCGGACCGUGGUCCAUUAUCUCCUUCUCCGUCUCCUCCUUCUUCUCCGGCCACUCUUAAAUACCUGGCCCCUGCAAUCUCGUCGCUGUCGUCGAUUGCUCAUAAAAAUCGUUGAGCAAUUUUCUGAGCUAUGAAGAUGUGUGGUCGUUUCAAUAUCGAUCUUCUGCCCGCACUGCUGCUCUUGGCGACUGCCCUCCCUGCGAUAAACAGCAACGGCGACCAAAAAAUCUCGGCAAUUAGGCCCAUUCUAAGCUUGGCCAACAAGGAUAAAGAUUGGUUGAUCUCGAUAAGAAGGAAAAUUCAUGUAAACCCUGAACUCCGAUUCCAAGAACACAACACCAGCGCUCUCAUUCGCCGAGAACUCGAUAGACUCGGCAUCUUUUAUUCUUUCCCAGUUGCAAAGACUGGCAUCGUUGCGCAAAUUGGCUCCGGUUCUCCACCUGUCAUCGCUCUUCGAGCGGACAUGGAUGGCCUCCCUCUGCAGGAGCUUGUGGAGUGGGAGCACAAGAGCAAAGUUGAUGGUAAAAUGCAUGCCUGCGGACAUGAUGCUCACACGACGAUGCUGCUUGGUGCUGCUAAGCUUCUUAAGGAACGAAAAGAGAAUCUCAAGGGAACUGUGAGACUUCUUUUCCAACCUGCUGAAGAGGGAGGUGCAGGUGCAUCCCACAUGAUAAAAGAAGGGGCUCUUGGUGAUGCUGGAGCGAUAUUUGGAAUGCACAUUGAUUAUAAAAACCCCACAGGAAGCAUAUCAUCUAGUUCAGGACCAACCUUAGCUGCUGUGUGCUUCUUUGAAGCAAAAAUUGAAGGAAAAGGAGGGCAUGCUGCAGAACCGCACAAAAAUGUGGAUCCGAUACUGGCUGCAUCGUUCAUCAUUUUGGGAUUGCAACAGCUUAUCUCCAGAGAAGUAGAUCCCCUCCAGAGUCAAGUCUUAUCUGUUACCUAUGUAAGAGGUGGAAUGGCAUUAAAUUUAACUCCCUUAUGUGUUGAACUUGGGGGUACUUUAAGGAGUCUGACUACUGAAGGAUUGCAUCAACUCCGGCGAAGGGUCAAAGAGGUUAUUGAAGGCCUGGCAGUCGUACACAGAUGCAAUGCGUAUAUUGACAUGAGAGAAGAAGAUUACCCUGCAUAUCCAGCAGUUGUGAAUGAUGAAAGAUUGCACCAGCAUGUGCAGAGGGUUGGCAGAUUUCUGCUCGGUCCUGAGAAUGUUAAGGCAGGUACAAAGGUGAUGGCUGGUGAGGACUUUGCUUUCUAUCAGGAAGUGAUUCCUGGAGUCAUGUUUAGCAUUGGCAUUAGAAAUGAGGAACUGGGCUCGGUUCACUCCCCGCAUUCCCCUCACUUUUUUCUGGACGAGGAUGUGCUUCCAAUUGGGGCAUCACUGCACACUGCUCUUGCAGAGACAUAUCUGAAUGAGCACCAACAUUCUGGUGUACUUUAACUCUUAUGUUUAAUAUGUAGGAAUAAAAUGGGAUUGGUCAUUUUAAAAUUUGCGUUUCAUUAAAUUAUUUUAAUCCCUAUUUUAUUGUGUAUGACGAGGUCUUUAGAUAGGAUCCCCUGCAGUUGCAAAGAGAGAGAGAGAGCUGUGCAAGAGGGGGGGAGGCUAGUGGGACUCAUGAACUGACGAGGGACGGCCCCUAGCUUGAUAUUAACGUGAGGUGGAUGGCAUGCACCAGGGGGCGCCGCCCUAUCUUCGCGACUCUCACUUGCACAAAUGUACGUUGUGGAGAAUUAAUUCAGAAAGUGCUGGCCCCACCGUUUGUUUUUGAGCCUUAGGUAUGUGCAUAUAUAUUAUACAUAAAACCGAAAAAAAAAUGACUAGUUGUUGUAAUUAAACAAGUCUUUUGAGUUACUCUUGUUUAAUGACAUUAUAAUAUAUCUGAUCGAUCAAUGAUCUCCAGCUGAAUUGAAUUUGUUUUGGCAAUAUUAAAUGUUGUUACAGUAGUGUGUA